GCUACUAUCGUUGUCAAGCAGCAUAAACCGCCCGCGUUCUCCAUCCCGCCCACACCCUGCUACCCAGCUCCUUUCUGCUGAUCUCCACAAUGAACAAAAUCGGAUCCUUUGGCACCCAGACGAUCCAGCUCUUCCCGAGCGAGGAAUAUGAAUCAUAUUCCGGGCCAACGACUUUGGAAACACGGCCCGUCGACCAGGACGAACACAUUAUCUUGGCUAGAAGUACUCUCGUCCGCGAAGGUCCCGUUCUGCUGCGUUCCGAGUGCUUCCCAAAGUCCUACUUCAAGUGGAGCAAGAUCAAAAUCAAGCUCUACGAUAGCUGCCAGAUUCAAAUCGAUGCCUCCAGCAUUCCUCUCAUCGCCAACAAGACCUUCGACAUCGUCAGUGUCCGUAUUUCCGACCUCCCGGGUCUCCGCUGCCCCGUUCUCAAGCUGAGUCUGACCGAGUCUCGGUCGUGCGAGCCGCUCGAAGUCUUUCUGCGGCACGGCAAGGCGGGCAUGCUGGACGAGUGGUUCCAGUCCUUCAAGCUCGCCAAUCUCAUCUUCAACCGGACCAAACUUGCCAAAACGUAUUACAAUGAACUGGACACGCUUCGGGAGAAUAGUGAGAAGCUCAGAAGCGAUAACCAGCGGCUCGAGGACAAGAACAGAAUCCUGGCUGAGCGCGCCGCUGACUCGAUGUUCAAGCUCCAGAAUAUGGCCGGCUGCAUGUUCACAUCGGAGGAGGUCAACACCAUUGUCAAGGAGCAAAUCAGCCAGCUCUACGAACACAACAUGCAGCUCCAAAGCAUGCUGGAUGAAUGCAUGAACCGAACUAUGAUGUUUACUUCACCAAAGUUUGAUAGCCGAUGUGCGAGCCCAAGCCAGUUUGACACCUCCUCUAUAGCCACUUCACGACAGCCUUCGCUGACAAGCCUCCAGAGCCCGCAGGUUCCGAGCAGUGUCCAGCCCGAGCUCCGCAAGAGCUUGUUCAACUCUGCGCGACUGGAUGCUCUCAGCCGCAAGCCAACCAGUCUCGCCCCGAGCAGCCCAUCGAGUGGCCACUCCAUCGGGGAUGCACCGGGAGGACUCGGAGUCAUUCCCAACGAGCUCCACCAGCGUCCCGGCUCUCCUCAGAUCAAGUCUGGCCCCCGCAAACGAGUUCCCUCGGGUGCAUCCGGCGUGCCCAUGUUCCGCCAACGCUCCAGUCACUCCAAGCCACCCCCGGAGGAUCCCGCCCCACCGCAGCCACGGCCGCGCUCGGGCCUGAUCAACGAGAUUCCCAUGGGCUCCCCGACCAUGACGACGGUCUCGGCUCCGAGCGAGGUUGAGAGCGCCGACGGGGGCGCCGUGGUGAUCACACAGCAGGGGGCCAUCCGCGCCCGCCACCUGCUCGAGGACGACAGCGGCGCGAUCCAAACCGGGGACCCUCCGAUGCGACUGUUGAGCCAGUCCAGGCCAAUCGCGGCUAUCUGAGAGCCUUUGCCGCAUUCGGCGCUCUGAUUGCAUCUGUUGGCCGUUGGGCGAAUUCGACGCCGUCGCUGCAUCCGUUGAACUGGCUGUAUUCCCGAUCCCCCCCCUCUCUCUCUCUCGUUGUCUCACUCACUCUCUCGUUGUCUCAUUGUCUGCCAUCGAUUCAUGAUUCCAUGUCCAAUGCACCACCAUGUCCAAUGCACUCCAUGUCCAACGCC